ACCGGAUCGCUGUGGCUCGGGCGGCGCCUCCCUGCGGCGGCCCGGCCCCGCUCGGCCCCGCCGGGGCGAUGCUCCCCGAGGCCGCAGGAUGAGCGAGUGACUCGGCUGGCCCGAGCAUGGCGGACCCCGUGGCGGGAAUCGCGGGUUCGGCAGCCAAGAGCGUGCGGCCGUUCCGCUCGAGUGAGGCCUACGUGGAGGCCAUGAAAGAGGACCUGGCCGAGUGGCUCAACGCCUUGUAUGGCCUGGGUCUGCCCAGCGGUGGUGAUGGCUUCCUGACGGGGCUGGCCACGGGCACCACCCUGUGCCAACAUGCCAAUGCUGUCACCGAGGCCGCCCGCGCUUUGGCCACUGCCCGUCCAGCCCGCGGGGUGGCCUUCCAGGCGCACAGUGUGGCGCCUGGCUCUUUCAUGGCCCGCGACAACGUGGCCACGUUCAUCGGCUGGUGCCGAACAGAGCUGGGCGUGCCUGAAGUGCUCAUGUUUGAGACGGAGGACCUGGUGCUGCGAAAGAACGAGAAAAGCGUGGUGCUGUGCCUGCUGGAGGUGGCGCGGCGUGGGGCCCGCCUCGGCCUGCUCGCCCCUCGCCUUGUGCAGUUUGAACAGGAGAUCGAGCGGGAGCUACGUGCUGCCCCCCCGGCCCCCCAUGCCCCCACGGCCGAGGAGGAUGCCCCUGAAACUGCCACCACAGAAGGGGCUCCCGCCCGCGGGCCCCGCAUGACACCCAGCGACCUGCGCAACCUCGACGAGCUGGUGAGGGAGAUCUUGGGCUACUGCACCUGCCCAGACCAGUUUCCCAUGAUCAAAGUGUCGGAGGGGAAGUACCGCGUGGGAGACUCCAGUCUCCUCAUCUUUGUGCGGGUGCUGAGAAGCCACGUGAUGGUGCGCGUGGGUGGCGGCUGGGACACUCUGGAGCACUAUCUGGACAAGCAUGACCCGUGCCGCUGCUCGUCCUCGGGUCAGUGCCCAUG